ACUAGACAUCUAGUGCAGUCAGUUGUUAAUAUAAAGGGAAAACGAUUGGUUUCUUUUCUGUUCUUAUUCUAUUCUAAUCUAGGUUAUUCCAUUCCAUUCCGUUCCAUUUCAUUCCAUUCCAAUCUAUUCAACCCCAUUCUAUUCCAUUCCAUUGUUUUCCAUUGCAUAUAUAAUUUCUUCCCAUCCCACAUCCCAGCCCUGGGAGAAGGGCCCACCAGGAUCUUCCAGGACCUGAGGGAUGUGGUUCUCCGGGAGGGCAGCGCUACCGAGUUGGUGGGUCGGACUCGGGUCAGCGCCUCCCCUGACCCCUUCAUUGUCUGGACCAAGAACGGCCAGCAGCUGAAAGAAGGACCCAAGCACCAUUACGUCUUCCAGGACCAGGACGUGGUGGCGCUGGUGGUCAGGAAUGGCUCGCUGGACAGUCUUUGGAGGUACACGGUCACCAUCGAGAACCCCUUUGGAGAGACAUAUUGGUCAGCCUAAAUCUUGGUCAAUGCCUCAGCUAAGGUAUCCAAAGGCCCCGGUGACGUGAAGGCCAAGACAGGAACGGUGAUGCUGAAGGCUGAGAUCAGUGGAGAACGCCCAGCCGACAGCUCCAAUAUGAUGACAGGUGAAGAAUACAUAAGGACCUUAUAUUGUACAGGAAAGCAUGGUCCAUAAUUUAUUGUUGCGUUAAUAGUGGGUUACUUUUAAUAUUUGGUAUUUUUACUGUAAGACAAACAUAGGGCAUAUGCCAUUGUGUUUCAAAUCGGAAUUUAGGCUAAUCUUCCAAAAUAAAUAAAUUCAUUAGCAAUUGUUUGAGUAAACAUAAAAUUGAUCUAAAACACACAUUACCAAAGCCUGCAUUAUUUAGGUAGAAGGUGAUAUAAUGUAAACAGAUAACCCCCACUGCGAGUCUCGUUGUGGAAAUACCAGAGACGUCAGAGAACCCCACGUGUUAAUAUGCGCCAUAACACCAACAGCAGAAGGGUUAUCCAAAUAACAAAGAAGUGUAAAACACUUGCGUUACAGUGUGUGUAUUCACACACACACAUGUGGCGCUCGCAUGGUCGUAGCUCAUUGUCUCAUUGGCGGGCCAAAUUCUCUGGGCGGGCAAGGCGGAGAAAGGGGAGGUACAUGUCCCUGUAUGACGGCGUACAGGGAAAAUUCCAAAUCGGCGUACAGUGUUAUUUUGUACCGUUACCUUAAGCUGUCACACAUUAUUCUCUAUCAACGAUAUUGGGGUCAUGUUCAAAUACCGGUAACUUAAAAAUAAGUUAUUGAAGAAUAAAGAACAAUUUUAUUAAGGGAUUGUCUGUAAAGAGUCUUUGAUGAAA